AUGGUUAACAACAUACUCAUCGUGGGAGCGACCCGAGGCCUGGGUGCCUCCUUAGCGACCCUAUACUCCAAGGAUCCAGCCAACCAUGUAUUCGGCACAGCACGAUCUUCAGAGGCACCAUCCACACCAGAUAUCACCUGGUUGACAGGAAUUGAUGUCUCGGAGCAGGAUGUGGGACAGAAACUGGUCUCCGGUAUCCCUGCAUCAACCCAGCUCUCCUCGGUAAUCAUCACGGCCGGGUAUUUUGGCUUCGAGACCUUUGAUUCUCCCGACUGGGAAAAGCAAGUCAAGAUGUACACCACUUCUGCAAUCAGCCCCGUCUUUGUGGUUCAUCACCUGGUAAAAGCAGGCCUCGUGGGCAACGGAAGCAAGGUGAUCAUCGUCAGUAGCGAGAGCGGGAGCAUCACCCUUCGACAUGAGAAAGAAGGCGGAGGCAACUAUGGUCACCAUGCCAGUAAAGCGGCGUCCAAUAUGGUUGGGAAGUUGCUAAGCUUGGAUCUCAAACCGCAAGGCAUUGCCGUAGGGUUAGUCCAUCCGGGCUUCAUGCGAACGGAAAUGACCAAGAGCGUCGGGUUUGAUAAGUUUUGGGAUGACGGUGGAGCUGUGACUCCCGACGAGGCAGCUCAGUCGCUGGCCUCGUUCAUAGAAAGCUUUGACAUUAGCAAGACUGGCGAGUAUUGGGCACCUCGAGGACCGCGUGACAUCGGCACUGCGGAGGCUGUUCUUGGGAAGAACUUGCCCACACCACUUCAACUUCCAUGGUAG